GACGUAUACUACCUUAUACACAACACCGCCAAGGUCGUUCCAGAAUGGCCUCUCAAGACCAAAUCAACCCCUCCUCAGCCCCCGACGAGCCCGAAACCUUCCUCCAGCAAGAGGGCUGCUACGUCGCCCUAACCACCUCCCCGCUCAACCUCCAAUCCGUCACCGACCGCGUCCGGAGUCCCCAAGCAGGGGCAAUCGUGCUCUUCGCCGGAACUACCCGAGACAACUUCGCCGGCCAACCGGUCAAGCAACUCGAGUACACGGCCUACGAGCCCCUCGCCCUGCGGACCAUGAUGACGAUCGCCUCAUCGCUCCGCGCAAAACACGACCUCAGGGGCUUAGCCAUGGUCCACCGGCUGGGCGUGGUGCCCAUUGGCGAGGAGAGCAUCCUGAUCGCCGUGUCUGCGCCCCACCGCCAGGCGGCCUGGCGCGCCGGCGAAGAGGCGCUCGAGGAGUGCAAGGAGCGCGUUGAGGUGUGGAAGAAAGAGGAGUUUGCCCAUGGCGGCGGCGUGUGGAGGGCCAAUCGCGACGGGAAGAGGGGUCAGAGGGAGGGUGAAUCAAGGGAAGGGGGAGAAGGGGUUGGGAAGGGGGAUGGUAAUGGUAGCAGUGAGGGGCAGGGGACUGAGGUCGAUGGGCAAACGUGA